CGAAAUCAUAUCCCAUGAUGUUUCAACCGCCGACAUUUUCCCGGUUUACUAACCGCAACUGCAUUUCUUCAACUUCACUCUCUCUCAUCAUCGUCCUCCUGAUCUAUAAACUUAUUUGCAAAGGUGAAGCUGUAGGUGGAAAUCCAGUUCAAGUAAGCCAACAGAUUGCUAAUUCUCGGGCCAUUUUGGAAGAUGGGUGGGUUGUCUUGGCCUUCUGAUUCAGAGUUGGAUGGAAUAAGAAAGGUGGUAGCUGAAAUGUCUGGGAGAGAUGCAAUGGAGGUUAGGGUGGUUGUGUCUCCUUAUAGGAUAUGCCCAUUGGGAGCCCAUAUUGACCAUCAAGGUGGAACAGUUUUGGCUAUGACAAUUAAUAGGGGCAUCCUUCUUGGAUUUGUUCCUGCCGGUGAUUCUCAGGGUUUUUCCAAAACACAUGAGGGUUGUUCCAAUGGUGGUCCUGUCCAGGGUUCUCUCCUGUUGUGGCCAUCAAUUUUGCAUCUUCCCUUGAGUAUGAUAUUUUUGCAUGGAAUUGCUGAGAUCCUUGUGACAUAA